AUGGCCGAGAAAGAGGCUUCUAUCUUCAUCAUCGACGUUGGCAAGUCGAUGAGCCGUGUACGUGAAGGUCGCCAGGAAUCAGACCUCGACUACUGCCUACAAUAUGUCUGGGACAAGCUUGCAAACAUUGUCUACACAGGCCGUAAAGGGCUCGUUGUCGGAGUUAUUGGCUUGCGAACUGACAAGACUAACAAUCAUAUGCAAGAAGAAGGAGGUUAUGAGCACAUCACGGUGAUUCAGAGCAUCCAGCAGAUACUAAUGCCAGAGUUGCAAAGCUUGCCAAAUUACCUCAAGACCAGCAGCACUGACACGGGCGACGCUUUAAGUGCUGUCAUUCUAGGCGUUGAUUUGCUUAUGAAGCAUUGUAGGACCCUCAAAUUCACGAAAAGGCUAUACCUCAUCACCAAUGGAACAGGCAAGCUAGACCCCGAUGAUAUCGAAGAGGUGGCUGCGCAGAUCAAGCAAAACGAUAUCAAAUUGACCAUUCUUGGUGUUGAUUUUGACGAUCCAGAAUAUGGGUUCAAAGAGGAGAACAAACCGUUCCAGAAGCAACAGAACGAGGAGGCAUUAAAGAAGCUUGUUGAGCUCAGUGAUGGUGUUUAUGGCGUAAUGGACGAAGCCAUCGAGGGUUUACAGCGACCAUUUGUGAAAGAGGUCAAGCCUAUAACAUCCUACAAAGGUCAGCUACGACUUGGAGAUCCUGAAAAAUACGACACUGCUAUUACCAUAGAUAUCGAGCGGUAUCCAAAGGUCAUGAUUCGGAAACCACCCAGCGCCUCUUCUUAUGUUCAGAGAGAUGCAGCUCCGAUUCAGCAGCAGGAAGAUGGCGCAGAUCCUUUGACCAAUGUUCGAGCCGCUUACUCAUACCAGAUCAAAGACGAAGACGCUCCUGGUGGCUUUCGAGAUGUCCCACGCGAAGAGCUUGCGAAAGGCUACGAGUAUGGUCGUACAGCCGUACACAUCUCAGAGUCGGACGAAAAUAUCACUAAACUUGACACGCAUCAGUCUUACGAAAUACUCGGCUUUAUACCCGCAGAAAAUGUCGAGCGCUACAUGUUCCUUGGUGUUACCAACAUACUCGUAGCACAAAAGCUCAAUGACAAAGCUGCUUAUGCACUAUCGUCCCUAGCUCGUGCACUAUUUGAAGUCGGCAGUGUCGCAGUUGCUCGCUUCGUGAAGAAGGAUAUGGCUGAGCCAAUGCUUACUUGUCUAAGCCCUCUCAUUGAUGAUACUAUUGAAUGUCUGGUCGAGAACGAUUUGCCAUAUGCUGAAGAUUUACGUAUCUACCGGUUUCCACCCUUAGACAAAGUACUCACUGUUUCAGGCAAAACUCUUGCAUCGCACCGCAAUCUGCCGUCCGACGACACGAUGGAGGCAAUGUCGGACUUCAUCGAUAACAUGUCUCUGAUCAACCCUGACACGAAAGAGGAAUUGUUCGCUAUCGAGGACGUCUAUAGUCCGUUACUUCACACCAUUGAGAGCGCAAUCAAGUACCGAGCUGUUCACCCAGAUGGAACACUUCCUCCUAAGUCGGGUAUCCUGCUAGAACCCUCCCAGCCACCGAAAGACUUGCAAGCGCAGAGCCAAAAAUCCUUAGCUCGUCUCAUCAAAGCAGCAGACGUCAAGAAAGUACCACCUAAAGUCAAAGGUCGUGCCCGAUAUCGUGACCGCGAAUCUGACAAACCACUAUCCGGUCUCGAUGUCGACGCCUUACUAAAGAAGCCCGGAGCUGACAGAAGCGGACCCAGAAAGACUAUCACCAUCGAUCCACAAAACGCCAUUCCAGAGUUCAAACGUUUCUUCUCCGCACCAGACGACGACGCGCUCGUCAAAGAAGCCGUUGUGCAAAUGGGCAAGAUCAUCGAGGACAAAGUGCGGACAAGUCUAGGCGACAGUAACUACGACCUCGCCAUCGAGAUGCUAGGCGUAGUGAGGCAGGAAAUGCUUGAACUUGAGUUCAGCGAGCUCUAUAACGAGAUGAUGCAUAGCUUGAAAGGAAAAAUCGUGAAGGAAGAGUUGGGAGGUGAUAGACGAGAAUUCUGGUGGAAGGUCAGGGUUUUGAAGAUGGGCUUGAUUGACAGCGAGCAGAGUGAGAAUAGUACUGUGAGCAAGGAGGAUGCAGCGAAGUUCUUGAGGUUAAGAGAAAGCUGA